AUGGCUCUAGUAAGAGGUCCAAUGUGCAUCUUAGAUGGUCCUCCAUCAGUUGUGCUUUUUGAUUUAGGGGCAACACACUCCUUCAUAGCGAAGGCAUGUGUUGAAAAGUUGGGUAUGUCUGUAGAAGAGUUAGGCGUGGAUGUGUUGGUGUCCACACCAACAUCAGGAUUGUUUGGGACGUCUUUUGUGUGUGCCCGUUAUCCGAUUGUUGUAGAGAGAGGUCGGUUCAAGGUAAACCUCAUUAGUUUACCUUUGCAAGGAUUAGAAGUAAUCUUGAGAAUGGAUUGGCUAUCCAUCAAUCGCAUCCUUAUCAACUGCGAUGAUAAGGAGAUGUCGUUUCCGGAUGAAGACAAAGAUGUCUUUGUCAAUCGGCAAGACCUCCUGGAAGGUGCUAGUUGCUUCUUAGAGUUAUUGCCUAUGGAAGUGACUCAAGUUUCAAAAUCAUGCGGCGCAUGA